UUUUGGGGGUCAGUUUUGUAAAACAAACUGUUUGAUUUUUACAAAAUCAUUGUUUUUGAUGCCAGAGAAGAGUCAGGAGGUUCCUGGUUGAAAUCCGUGUCGGUCUGUGGAGUUUGUGUUCACGCUCGGUUCUACAGUCCAAACAGUUUCGUUUGGGUGAAAUCCGCUCCGCCUGCUGUUGGCCUCCUGCCCGGUAGAGGGCGGUACUUCCACCGGGGGUCCCCGUCACUCUGAGGUGAAAAGAAGGAGCAGAGGGAGUCACCGCGGAGAGAAACAGGAAGAAGGAGACGAAAUCAGCCUACAAUGACUUCGUCCAGGAGAUUGUGUAAGGAACUCGAAGACAUCCGGAAGUCUGGGAUGAAGCAUUUCCGCAACAUCCAGGCGGACGAAGCGAACAUUCUGACCUGGCAAGGACUCAUCGUUCCCGACUGUCCUCCGUACGACAAAGGAGCGUUCCGGAUCGAGAUCAUCUUCCCCGCAGAGUACCCCUUCAAGCCCCCAAAGAUCACCUUCAAGACAAAGAUCUACCACCCCAACAUCGAUGAGAAGGGGCAGGUGUGUCUGCCCAUCAUCAGCGUGGAGAACUGGAAGCCCGCCACCAGAACCCUCCAAGUGAUCCAGUGCCUCAUCGCCCUGGUGAACACCCCGCAGCCCGAGCACCCGCUCCGGACCGACCUCGCGGAGGAAUACACUAAAGACCGCACCAAGUUCAUGAAGAACGCCGAGGAGUUCACAAAGAAACACAGCGAGAAGCGGCCGGUGGACUGACCCCCCCGGGCCGCUCUGACCCCAGAGAUGCCCCGUUCUUGUGUUCCUGCAUCGUUUAGCACUCGAAUCGAUCAUAGAGGCUUUUGUUUCCGUUUGCCAAAAAAAAAAAAAAAAAGCAGGACUUUUUGGUGAGUAGCGGCUCUGGCCUCCAGGCGUCACCUUUAGUUGUUUUGACUUCUUUCUACUGAGUUCUUUUUAGAAAAACACCAGAAAACGCUCGGAGGUGGCAUCAGAAAGUCAUUAAAGAAAACAAACUGCUGUUCUGCUUCUGCAAAUGUUGAAUGUUCUCUGGAGGAACCGCCCGGUUCCGCUGAGCCGUCCACGCAUUUGGACGCGUUGCUGCGUGCGGCGCCGCCGGCCUUCGUUCUCCUAAGAACCGCCGGUUUUGGUUCCAGCUGGUUUGUGUCAACAGAAGAAACUAAACGCUCCAAAUGUUAUCGAAAGAUUUUUUUUUUUUGUAUUUUGAAGAAAAUAUUCCUCUAAUUAAAAUUCUUCCACCUCCAUCGA